AAUAGUGAGUCAGCGUGGAGGCAGAGUCCUCCUCCAGGAUGUGAAGAAGCCAGAGAAGGAUGAGUGGGGUAACAGUCUGCAGGCAAUGCAGGGUGCCGUGGAUCUGGAGAAGAAUCUGAACCAGUGUUUGCUGGAUCUACACCAACUCGCCAUUGCCCAGACUGACCCUCAUCUGUGUGACUUCCUGGAGACUCAAUAUUUGGAUGAGGAGGUCGAGAUCAUCAAGCGACUUGGGGACUACAUCACCAACCUGAAGUGUCUGGGAGCUCCUGAGAAUGGGAUGGGAUUGUACCUGUUUGACAGGCUCUCACUGGAGGACAGCAGCUAAUAUGACCUUUUGACUGCAGUCUUUG